GCCACAUCUAUGCAGAGUAUCUGCACGCUGUCCACUCUACUUUGCCUUGCGGUUACACCGUCGCGCAGCCACGAUGGGAAUACUCUCGCUCACCCGAUACCCCCCCCAAAUACUGGCUCUUGUGCCAUCCAACCUCCAAAACACAAGCACUUCCAUCCGAACACCAGCACCUCCAACGUUUAGCACCCUCGAGGAUGAGGUUGUUCAGUUCCGAUCUCAGAGUUGCGGCGGUGGCCGUCCUCGCCUUGGCCACGAGUGUCGGUGCACAGCAAGACGAUCCUGUGAACGAUUUCUGCCGACGUUGGGGUCACGAAUCUGCUGUCAUAGGCGACCGAUUAUACAUCGACGGCGGCCAACUGAACUUUCAAGAUAACCCCAAGAACUUCACGAAUACCAGGCUACUCUUCCACGACCUGACCACGACCAAGCGUAAUGAUGAGGAGGUCGGGCUGCCUAUCCUGGAGACGAACCUCACCAAGCAGGCCGAAUUCCCGUCGCUCAGUGGCGGCAUCCUCUGGGCGGACCAAGCGAACGCCCGAUUAUACCAAUUCGGAGGCCAGUGGGCCGAGUCCGAGACCCCCGAGGCCCGGUUCCGGCUGUACAGUUACGACGUGUACGGGAAUCAAUGGUCUGCCAGAGAUCCCGACAAGUCGAUCUCGCGGCUGGCGUACGGCGCGGGGACAUCGGUGGAGCACCUCGGGAGAGCAUUCUACAUGGGCGGCUGGAUGAACGAGAAAACCGACCGGAAUUGGGUGGGACCUCGCGCUGCGAGCAAUAAGCUAUUGAUGUACGACAUGAUCGGGGACAAGUGGACGAACAGUACCGGCCCAAGUGAUCAGGAGGGGAGGGCCGAGGGCGUGUUGUUCUACGUGCCGUUUAGCGACAACGGAAUGUUGGCGUAUUUCGGAGGCGUGCGAGUGAAUAGCCGCGGUGUCGAAAGGGCCGGCUCUAUGAGUACCAUAGACAUCUUCGAUUUAGCAGGCAACAAGUGGUACACUCAGAAUGCAACUGGCGACAUUCCUGAGCCUAGACAUAGGUUCUGCGGUGGCAUUGCAACCGCGGAGGAUGGUUCUAGUUCGAACAUAUAUAUCUACGGUGGCCUGGGCUUCGGUGCAAACGCAACUGGAUUUGACGACGCCUAUAUUCUCAGCCUUCCUACAUUUACGUGGAUCAAAAUCUAUCCCGCCAAAGGCAUCGUGCGUGAGGAGAAGGACGCUUACCCCAAGUUUGAUAUGUCCUGCGCUGUGGUAAAGGGCUCGCAGCUGGUCAUCAUUGGCGGACAAUACUCCAAGGAUUUGGAAGUCACAAGCUGUGAUGUGCCAAAAGCCUGGGGUGUCCAUAACCUGGUCAUGUCCAAGGUCGAUACCGGCAAAACAGCGGCGUAUUGGGGCUCGUUCGACCCAAAACGUGACAAGUAUACCAUUCCUGAUGAUAUUAUCGAUGUCAUCGGCGGCGAUGCCUACGGAAAUGCUCAAGUCAAGUCCCCCGACCCGAAGUUCGACUCUGCCGACCUCGAUGUCCUUUUCCGCCGCACGGUGACAGUCAAACCUCGCGUGCCCACACGUACAGCACCGGCAGUAACCGCAAGCUCUGGUGCUUCCACGGAAGAAGCAGGCGUCUUCUCGACUCCAGGCAAACGCGCGGCAAUCCUAGUUCCGGUGAUUUGCGGUAUCGCCAUCCUCGCCAUCCUAGGAUUCUUUGCUAUUCGAUGGUACCGCCGAAAGAAGAGAAGCCAAGGUUUCCAGCAACCGCACGAUGCACCACCUCCACAAUACAAGCAAGAUUCGAACGAUGGGCUAGCGGACGUGCACGCAACCCAGCACCCCCAAGAGAGAUGGGAGAAUCUUCCACAACUCGACGCGACUUCUCCGGGGCACCAGACGUAUCCGGAUGCCUUCCACACAGGACCGUACAGUGACUACUCGGGCACCAUACACACACCGCGGCACACCAGCCCACCCCCAGUAGAGCUGGGCGGCAGUGUGUACGGAACACUGAGUAGGAAACCAGUACCGGCGGGCUCGCCGCCGGGCACGCCAAUCACACCAGUGGUAACGGGCCAUUUCCCGCCGCCGCUGUUGGAGGGACUAAUGCAGGCAAGGAAUCCUCCGCCCGGACCGGAGAUGAAGGAUAGGGGAGGGAACAGAUUUUCGGAGAAUCUGUAGGGAUAUGGAGAUAUUUUCUGCGGAGAAUGAUUGUGCGUUUUAUGUAUGUACCAUGGGACAGAGAUACCUAGUCCCUACGCGGUUUUUUUUUCUUUUUUCUUCUUCUUUCAUCAAUGUAGAGGUGUUUUUUUUGGAUUGUAAUACCUGUAACCUACCUAAUGUAGCUCUUGCUUCUGCUUCGCCCGGGAUAUUGGCGCUUUUUUUGAUACCUUUUUUUGUAUGUACGAUCCAUGGAUGAUAGGCAAUGCAUUCUAUGAGUGGAGUUAUGCG